CCCAGCCUCCUCCCCCGCCUGUCCAGGGGCGGCACUGCGGGCUGGGAAGCCGGGACCAGAAGAGGGAAGGAAGGAAGGAAGGAAGGAAGAGGAGAGAGGACAGAGGGGAGGAGAAAGGAAGGAAGGAGAAGACGGAGAAGAGGGGUCCGGAGGGGCACAAGAGGAGACGGCUGCACUCGCGCGACAGCAUCCACAGGCCACAGUGGGGACCAGUGCUGCCUCCGCCGCUCUUCGGAUGGUGACGGGGCCUCGCCGCGGCUGCAGUCCCCUUGAGCCCCGGCUCCGCAGGCCUUCAGCGCCGGAGCCCCGCAGGAAUCAUGCCCAGGUCCUUCCUGGUCAAGAAGGUCAAACUUGACACGUUUUCUUCGGCAGACCUCGACAGCUCCUACGGGCGUGCCCGCAGCGACCUCGGAGCACGACUGCAAGAUAAAGGAUACCUCAGCGACUACGUGGGGCCAGCGUCCGUCUACGAUGGCGACGCGGAGGCGGCGCUGCUCAAAGGGCCGUCCCCGGAGCCCAUGUAUGCUGCGGCUGUGCGGGGAGAGCUGGGGCCGGCGGCCUCAGGCUCGGCGCCACCGCCCACUCCGCGCCCGGAGCUGGCCACCGCCGCAGGCGGCUACAUUAACGGCGACGCGGCUGUCAGCGAAGGCUAUGCCGCCGAUGCCUUCUUCAUCACCGACGGGCGCUCACGCCGCAAGGCCGCCCACGCCAACGCGGCCGCGGCCCCCUCCACCGCUUCAGCGGCGGCCCCCGAACGCGAUGCCGGCAGCGGGGGCGGGGCAGGAGCACGGGGUGCGGGGCCGGGGGCCGGGGGCCGGGGCGCGCGCACGGGGGCAGGCGCCGAGGCGCGUGCGGGGCCAGGCGCCUCGGGCGCUGCAGGCCGACACGCGUGCGGCGAGUGCGGCAAGACCUACGCCACAUCGUCGAACCUGAGCCGCCACAAGCAGACGCACCGAAGUCUGGACAGCCAGCUGGCGCGGCGCUGCCCAACGUGCGGUAAGGUGUAUGUGUCCAUGCCGGCCAUGGCCAUGCACCUGCUCACGCACGACCUGCGUCACAAGUGCGGCGUGUGCGGCAAGGCCUUCUCCAGGCCCUGGUUGCUGCAGGGGCACAUGCGCUCACACACAGGCGAGAAGCCUUUCGGUUGCGCGCACUGCGGCAAGGCCUUCGCAGACCGCUCCAACCUGCGUGCUCACAUGCAGACGCACUCAGCUUUCAAGCACUUCCAGUGCAAGCGCUGCAAGAAGAGCUUCGCGCUCAAGUCCUAUCUCAACAAGCACUACGAGUCGGCCUGCUUCAAGGGCGGCGCGGGCAGCGCAGCCGGCCCCGCGGCCCCCGCGCCGCCGCAGCUCAGUCCCGUGCAGGCCUAGGGAGGCGGGCCAGCCGGUCGGCUCUCAGCAAUACGGGCCCCCAGGGAAGUCUCCGCCGGCAUUCGGGCGGAGGGGCCGGAGGGCGGGCCCCUCCUCACAGCAAUAGGGAGAGGGAGCCUGCCUCACCCUGCUCCGCUCGCCAGGGGCCUUGCCAGCCUCUUCAAGCAAUAGGGUCCCGAGGGGGACCCACUCCGAACUCCCUCCCCUUUCCUCCAGGGUGCCCCAGGCUUUCUCCCAGCAAUAGGGUCGGCCAGACCCAGAACAGAACCUCAUCUCUCAGUUGGGUCUCUGAAGAUGGGGGUGGGGUGAGGUAGGGAACGCCCACCUCCCUCCUUUGCGCUCCGGGAUCGCGCUGCAGAGACUCAGGUCUUCCCCACCCCUUUCCAAGCCUUCCAGGCCGGGCCUUAGGCCUAAACUUUCAGGGGGUCAAUACCUCCCCGGCAGCAGGUCGGGGAGGAGACAGAGAGGGAAUGGCUACAGAGGUGUCCUACCCCAUCGGCUUUGGAGACCUCCCGGCUGUGUUCGACGCGUUGGGGACCGGGGAAAGGGGCGGACGGCGGCACCUUCUCCCUCGAGUUCUUUCUGGGGCCUCAGCCUGAGCCGCCCUCCUACCCUCUCCUCGCAUCCUCUGCCAAAUCUGAAUUCUUCCAACCCAGCUUCCCGGGUUGUCCUCCAUAACGAAUAAUAACGACGCAUAUCGAAUGCAUGGACUUAUCCGACCUACUCAGAUCCCGCUCCUGCCCUGCCCCGGGGCCCCCUCCCUUGUACCCCGGGCUUUCAGUGUUGGAGGACGGAAACCCGGGCCGGCAGGCAGGCGUGCUCUGCCCUUUACACACCUCUGUAUUCGCUUUGCGGGUAAAGCCCCCUGGGGGGGUGCGGACGCGUCGGGUUUCUUUCUUUCUGUAUUUGUACGUUUUAUUUAUGAACGGAUUGCACUCGGGUCAGGAAGGGGGCCCGAACCCUUCCUUCCCGCCGACGCCGGGGGCCUGGGAUGUCCAGGAUCACUUCCUCCGCUCCUGAGCCCCGCCCCUAGCUGGGCUCUGCCUCCUGGGAGCCUCGGACCCCGCCUCCUUGAGGUUGGCCCCUCCCCCCGAGGCCCAGGCCCCGCCCUACUAGGUUGCCAACUCUCGCCCGUCUAUGCCAAAGCCUCGGCGGCGACCCCGCCCAAGGGCCCGCCCCAUUGGCCGCCGCCUUUGUGACGUCACUGCAUGCAGCCCCACCCCUCUUCCCAACCCUUCCCGGGGCUGCCCGCUCCCUUUUCCUCUUAGUUAGUCCGAUGCCGACUAUAGAGCAAUAAUGCGCACUGCAUGCGAAGCUGCCGCAGCCUCUAGAGUUACUGAGAAUCAGGUAUCCCCCUCCCACCCCACCCCAUAGGACCCUAGAUCAGGGAUGCUGUGCGGGGCCGGCCGCGCAGACUUUCUUACCCUACCUUCCCGCUCCCCACGGCAGAGCCCGGCGGGCGGACAACGUGGUUCCUGGGGCAGAGGCAGGGUGGUUGCACCCAAGGCUCCUCCAUCAGUCGUCCAUCACUCACCGAUCGCCCAUUGUGCAUUUACUAUGUGCCAGGCCCGUUGCUGAGUCCGCUAGAGAAGCAGCGAUCUUUGGGGAAGUGUAUGUCCACUACAGAGUCCCAGUGGUCUUGGAUGGGCCAGGGGCAGACGGAAAUGCAGAGCGCCUGGUCCCUGAGCCAAUGAUCUCUUUCUCCCCACCUCAGUUCGGCUCCACGCUGGGUGCCUUCGGCCUCUGCCUUUGAUGGGCCUUGCAGCCCCAGCUCAGGUGGCACAGACUCAGGGCCCCAGGGCCCAGCUUUACCCGGGCAGCCCAGACGGGCGCCCAGCCCGCCGAUUCCCUGGCAAGCACGGUUCUGCCGUCCGUGGACAGGGUGCAAGCUGGAGCAUAUGAUGUGGCCAGCCUAAUCCUCAGCACCAAGCUUGGUUGUCCCAAACCCCCUCAGCCACCAGUUGUGGUGUCUGCAUCGUUUUCCAGCGGGGCCUGCCUGCCUGCCUGCCUGUGCUGCAUGCACAGGCUCACACAGGUGCCCCGUGUUGCCCCACCCUGCACCCCUGUCUCCCUACCUAAGGAGAAGGCCAGAAGGUCGUCGGCCCACCAGGCUCUCCUGCUUCCCCCACACCCUGCCGCCGUGGAAAGCCAUGGGCCCCCUCCUGCCCCCAUAACUAAGCAGCACAAUAACCGACUUAGUGAAUUCAGGUAGAAGGAACGUUUAGGUAGCACCUAUUUUGUACUGAUUCUACAAGUAGGGCCCGAGGUGCGGGGCCCUCGGGUGGGGGCUGUGGCCGCCGGCCUGCCCCGCCCCCACCCCCGCCUGCGCCCCGCCGCCUUGUACAUAUUCCUGCCCGGAACAGGCCGGGAUUUUUACUCGGGCCGAGCCCUUCUUCCGCCCCCGUUUGGGGCCGGGCCGGCUGGACAGACGGACGGACGGACGACAGACCUCCUUCCUAAGCACAAUAGCACCAGCUCCCCGGAGCGCCGCACCUCCACAAGGAGAAUAAAUGCCACUCUUGAUA